AUGAUCAAACACCUCUAUCAUGCGGCUUCUAUCGUGCUGCAGUCGCCCAUCCCGGCGUUGAUACUUCUCACCUCUACGCUUCUCUAUUACAUCUACUUGAAAGGCUUCCCAAGACCUCUCACUGGAAUUCCAUACAACGAGAGCGCUCUGAGAAGCUUCUUGGGUGACCUCCCUGCUUUCCAGCAUGCAAGAAACCACGGGAAAGGCUUUACUGUGUGGAUGCGCGACCUGGCUCAGAAACAUAGGUCACCAAUAGUUCAGGUCUUUCUGGGCCCAUUUACACCGCCAUGUGUAGUUCUGUUUGACUAUCGUGAAAGUUACGACAUUGUAGCACGGCGAACAAAGGAGUUCGAUCGUUGCCGAAGGGAUGCAGAAACUAUGUCGACCAUUUUACCUGAGCAUCAUCUUUCGAUGGUGUCAACUGACGCCAGGUUCAAAGGCAACAAGGACUUGGUGAAGGAUUUGAUGGCCCCAGGAUUCUUAAACGAGGUUUCUGCGCCCGAGAUUUAUAGCAAAGCGCUAUCUCUCAUAGAGCUGUGGAGUGUGAAGAGCAAAUGGGCCGCAGGCCGUCCGUUCGAAGCCCAUCACGAUCUUCAGAACGCUGCUUUAGACAUCAUCAUGUCUGCUGCAUUUGGCGAGACAAGCAAUGGCGGUGUUCUCCGGCAGCACAUACUCCAGGAAACGGGCUAUAGGCCCUUCCUAGUGCCAACAGAUCUGAAAGAGCCCGCAUGCUUCAAGAGUCUUGGGCUUCCUACUGAGUACCAGGCUACUGUUGAUAUCACCCACUUUAUGGGCAGGGUUGUCACGUCGCCCUUCCCAAAACAGUUUGCAUGGCUGUUGAAGACCUUUACGAGUGUGAGCAGUGUAUUCGUGAAGAAGGACUACUUCAUCAGGAGCCAGAUUCAAAAGGCAGUAGCAUCGCUGAGCGACAAAUGGCUCCAAGGAGAGAAGGCAGCCAAAUCAGCUUUAGACUUCAUCGUCCUGCGAGAAGUGACAGCAGCCAAGAAGUCUGGACGCAAACCCUCAUUCACUUCCAAGAGGUUGGAAGACGAGUUGCUUGGAUACAUCGUCGCGGGUCAUGAAACGUCUGCGUCCAUCUUAUCUUGGGCUGUGAAGUUUCUAGCCGACAAUCAGAAACAACAGCAUACAUUGCGCAAACACCUCCAGGCAGUUUAUCCAGCUGCUGUCAAAGAGAAGAGACAGCCAAGUGUAACCGAACUCACAAAGGUUGCAGCUCCGUAUCUUGAUGCCUUCCUGGAAGAGAUUUUACGACUCUCACGGACAGCUUCAAUCCUAACACGCGAGGCUGUUACUGAUACUAUCGUGAUGGGGAAGUUCGUGCCGAAAGGUACCACAAUCUUCAUCUUCACACAAGGGGCGAGCUAUGUUCAGCCGUCUCUGGGCGUUGACGAACAAGUGAGAAGUAGGACUUCGCAAGAAGCCAAACGAGUCCCAGACUGGCUUUCCGAUAAUGUAGAAAAGUUCUGUGCUGGGCGCUGGCUUGUACCAAAGACGGGAGCGAGCGGGUUCAGCGAAGAAAGCGUCGGAAAAGAGGACGGCUGGACUUUGUCUGAUUAUGAUUUUGAUCCUCAAGCUGGGCCAAUCUUGACAUUUGGCGGUGGACCAAGAGGAUGUUUUGGUAGACGUCUCGCCUAUCUUGAGUUGCGCAUGGUUCUUGCGUUGCUUGUGUGGAAUUUUGCUUUCAAGCCAUGCGCCGACAAUCUUAGCACCUAUGAGCUCAGGGAGAGCAUAACUGUAGAACCCAAGGAUUGCUACGUCAACCUUCAGACUUCAGAUAACAUGUAG